AUGGCGAGCCGCGCCGUGUUGUUCGCGCAGCAGAGAAGGCCUCGGAGGCUCUUGCUAAGAGCCGCCGCCUUGGCGCUGCUUUCUCUCUGGCAGGCUGCUACGGAGCCUCUCCCCGCCACGGUCAGCGCAGAAAGGAGCCUGGUUUGGGGUCCCGGCCUGAAAGCCGAGCUCACGCUGCCCGUGAGGUAUUUCUUCAUCCAAGCCGUCGACCCCGACGGGCGCAACUUCACGCGCUCCCCGCCAGGAAGCAAACAAUUCAAAGUGACAAUCGAUCCAGUUUCGCCAAAAGAAGACCUUCAGAUCCAUGUCCCUGAGGUUUUGGAUAGGAAGGACGGAUCCUUUCUUAUGCGAUAUCGGAUGUAUGGAAGCGUCAGGGAAGGGCUCAAGGUGGAGAUACUUUAUAACGAUGUACAUGUGGCUCAGUCCCCCUAUAUUCUGAAGGGUCCUGUUUACCAUGAAUAUUGUAACUGCCCAGAAGAAGACACUCAGCUUUGGGAGAAAAGUCUUUCAUGUCCAUCAGAGGAACCUCAGAUUAUAAAGGACUUCAGUGCAUUUCCUAGUAUCGAUCUUCAGCGGAUGUUUUCUGAAGUCCCACCAAGGUUUGGCCAAAGAAUGGGAGCCAUUGUUCAUUACACCAUCCUCAGUAAUCGCAUCUAUCGUCGUUCCUUAGGGAAGUACACAGACUUCAAAAUGUUUUCUGAUGAAAUUUUGCUGUCAUUGGCAAGGAAGGUUCAUCUCCCUGAUGUGGAAUUUUAUCUUAAUGUUGGGGAUUGGCCAGUUGAACACAGGAAAGCAAACGACAGCCCCGGCCCUCUACCUAUCUUUUCUUGGUGUGGCUCUGUAGAUUCAGCAGAUAUAGUACUUCCAACCUAUGACGUCACCCACUCAGCUCUUGAAGCUCUCCGUGGUGUUACAAAUGACCUCCUGUCUAUUCAAGGAAACACAGGCCCUGUUUGGAACAACAAAACUGAACAAGGGUUUUUCAGAGGUCGAGACAGUCGAGAAGAACGGCUUCAGCUGGCCCAGCUCUCCAAGGAAAACCCAGAACUUCUGGAUGCUGGAAUAACAGGUUACUUCUUCUUCAGAGAAAAGGAGAAGGAGCUGGGAAAGGCUCCACUGAUGGGGUUCUUUGACUUCUUUAAGUACAAAUAUCAAGUGAGUGUAGAUGGCACAGUGGCAGCCUAUCGGUUCCCAUACCUCUUACUGGGUGACAGCCUUGUGAUGAAGCAGGAUUCACAAUACUAUGAGCAUUUCUACACAGCGUUGAAGCCAUGGAGUCAUUAUGUCCCAGUUAAAAGAAACUUGGAAGACUUGCUAGACAAAAUAAAAUGGGCUAAGGAAAAUGAUGAGGAGGUCAGGAAAAUUGCUAAGGAAGGUCAGGCAGCAGCAAGAGUAUUACUGCAGCCUCACCGGUUUUAUUGCUACUAUUUCAAAGUGUUCCAGUCUCGCUUCCUCUCUGUCACACCCUUCCGUGUUUCUUUUCCAAAGCGCCGUCUUCAAGCUCGCUGCCGGGCCGAAGCUGUCCGGGUUACCAUGGCAACCAUAAACAAACGGCCGGUAAAAGUCGCCUUCCUUCAGAUGGAACUAACGGGCUACAGUCUGCAUCAUCACAAGAAGUCUCACUGAAAUUUUUGAGCAAGUCCAGGCAGCAGUGGCACCUGCAAAAAAUAUCCAAGAAC